CUUCGCGGCGGCGGCGGCGGGGACUGCGGCGCCGCGGGCUGGAGGCCGGCGUCGGGGAAGGUCCCGGGCCCGGAUUCGGCACGAGGUGUCGACGGGGCCGCGUCUACCGGCCUCUCCCAGCGCGCGCCGAGCCGCUCGGGCCGUGGCUGCGCGUCCCAGGAGCUUGUGCGUUGCGAGGCUUUAAGUGAGACCCCCAGGAGACAGGACCCCAUGGCUUCCCUGAAGAGCCCCUGGUGGUUGCUGACGUGGAUGGUCUUCACACACUCUAGCCUCCUGCAGACCACAGCAGAGAAGUCUCCUGGAGCCUACUUCCUUCCUGAGUUCGCACUCUCUCCUCAGGGAAGUUUUCUGGAGGACACAACAGGGGAGCAGUUCCUCACUUAUCGCUAUGACGACCAGACCUCAAGAAAUACUCAUUCAGAAGAAGAAAAAGAUGGCAACUGGGAUGCGUGGGGCGACUGGAGUGACUGCUCCCGGACCUGCGGGGGAGGCGCGUCGUACUCUCUGCGGAGAUGCCUGACCGGGAGGAAUUGUGAAGGGCAGAAUAUUCGCUAUAAGACAUGCAGCAAUCAUGACUGCCCUCCAGAUGCAGAAGACUUUAGGGCCCAGCAGUGUUCAGCCUACAAUGAUGUUCAGUAUCAAGGACGUUAUUAUGAGUGGCUUCCACGGUAUAAUGAUCCUGCUGCCCCAUGCGCGCUCAGGUGUCAUGCACGGGGACAAAACCUGGUGGUAGAGCUGGCACCUAAGGUACUGGAUGGAACUCGUUGCAACGCUGACUCCCUGGACAUGUGUAUCAGCGGCAUCUGCCAGGCGGUGGGCUGCGACCGGCGGCUGGGCAGCGACGCCCGGGAGGACAACUGCGGAGUCUGCGCCGGCGACGGCGCCACCUGCAGGCUGGUGCGGGGACAGGCGAAGUCACACGUGUCUCCUGAAAAAAGAGAAGAAAAUGUAAUUGCUGUUCCUUUGGGAAGUCGAAGUGUGAGAAUUACAGUGAAAGGACCUGCCCACCUCUUUAUUGAAUCCAAAACCCUUCAAGGAAGCAAAGGGGAGCACAGCUUUAGCAGCCCUGGAGUCUUUGUUGUAGAAAACACAACAGUUGAGUUCCAGAGGGGCUCAGAGAGGCAAACCUUUAAGAUUCCAGGACCUCUGAUGGCUGAUUUCAUCUUCAAGACCAGGUACACUGUGGCCAAAGACAGUGUGGUUCAGUUCUUCUUUUACCAGCCCAUCAGUCAUCAGUGGAGACAAACCGACUUCUUUCCCUGCACUGUGACGUGUGGAGGAGGUUAUCAGCUCAAUUCUGCGGAAUGUGUGGAUAUCCGCUUGAAGAGGGUCGUUCCUGACCACUAUUGCCACUACUACCCUGAAAAUGUGAAACCAAAACCAAAACUGAAGGAGUGCGGCAUGGACCCUUGCCCAUCAAGUGAUGGAUUUAAAGAGAUUAUGCCCUAUGACCACUUCCAGCCUCUUCCUCGCUGGGAACAUAAUCCUUGGACUGCAUGUUCCGUGUCCUGUGGAGGAGGGAUUCAGAGACGGAGCUUCGUAUGUGUAGAGGAGUCCAUGCAUGGAGAGAUACUGCAGGUGGAAGAAUGGAAGUGCAUGUAUGCGCCCAAACCCAAGGUGAUGCAAACUUGUAACCUGUUUGAUUGUCCCAAGUGGAUCGCCAUGGAGUGGUCUCAGUGCACGGUGACUUGUGGCCGAGGGUUACGUUACCGGGUGGUUCUGUGUAUCAACCAUCGGGGACAGCAUGUCGGGGGCUGCAACCCACAGCUGAAGUUACACAUCAAGGAAGAAUGUGUCAUUCCCAUCCCAUGUUAUAAACCAAAAGAAAAAAGUCCAGUGGAAGCUAAAUUACCUUGGCUGAAACAAGCACAAGAGCUAGAAGAGACCAGAAUAGCAACAGAAGAACCAACGUUCAUUCCAGAACCCUGGUCAGCCUGCAGCAGCACAUGUGGGCCAGGUGUUCAGGUGCGAGAGGUGAAGUGCCGUGUGCUCCUCAUGUUCACGCAGACUGAGACUGAACUACCCGAGGAAGAGUGUGAAGGCCCCACGCCGCCCACUGAACGGCCCUGCCUCCUCGAAGCGUGUGAUGACAGUCUGGCCUCCCGAGAGCGAGAUGUCCCUCUCCAUGAGGACAGUGAGAUGACUUAUGACUGGGAGUACGCCGGCUUUACCCCUUGCACAGCAACAUGUUUGGGAGGCCAUCAAGAAGCCAUUGCAGUGUGCUUACACAUUCAGACGCAGCAGACGGUCAAUGACAGCUUGUGUGAUGUGGUCCACCGUCCUCCAGCAAUGAGCCAGGCCUGUAACACAGAACCCUGCCCGCCCAGGUGGCACGUGGGCUCUUGGGCGCCGUGCUCUGCUACCUGUGGUGUUGGAAUCCAGACCCGAGACGUGUACUGCCUGCACCCAGGGGAGUCCCCUGCCCCUCCAGAGGAGUGCAGAGAUGAGAAGCCCCAUGCCUUACAAGCGUGCAAUCAGUUUGACUGCCCUCCUGGCUGGCACAUCGAAGAAUGGCAGCAGUGUUCCAGGACAUGUGGCGGAGGAACUCAGAAUCGAAGAGUCACCUGUCGGCAGCUGCUAACAGAUGGCAGCUUUCUGAAUCUCUCGGACGAGUUGUGCCAAGGACGCAAGGCAUCGGCUCACAAGUCCUGUGCCCGGACAGACUGUCCUCCACACUGGGCUGUGGGAGACUGGUUGAAGUGCUCCGUCAGCUGCGGUGCGGGAGUGGAGAGGAGGAAGCAGGUGUGUCAGAGGCUGACGGCCAAAGGCCGGCGUGUUCCCCUCAGCAAGACGAUGUGCAGGGACCUGCCGGGGCUCCCUCUUGUAAGAUCUUGCCAGAUGCCCGUGUGCCGUGAAGUGAAACCAGAGAUGAAGACAAAACUCAGUGAGCAGGGUCCUCAGAUCCUCAGUGUGCAGAGGGUCUACAUUCAGACCCGGGAAGAGAAGCGUAUCAACCUGACCAUUGGCAGCAGGGCCUAUUUGCUGCCGAACACGUCCGUGAUUAUUAAGUGCCCAGUGCGACGAUUCCAGAAAUCUCUGAUCCAGUGGGAGAAGGACGGCCGCUGCCUGCAGAACUCCAAGCGGCUGGGCAUCACCAAGUCUGGCUCACUGAAAAUCCACAGUCUUGCCGCCCGCGACAUUGGCGUGUACCGGUGCAUCGCCGGCUCUGCACGGGACACAGCUGUGCUCAAGCUCAUCGGUACUGACAACCGGCUCAUCGCACACCCAGCCCUCAGAGAGCAUCCGAGGGAACAUUCUGGGAUGGACCACAACGAAGCCAGUAGUUUGGGAGUCACGGGGCAUAAAAUGCGGCAAAAGUGGAGUAACAAAAACGAGCUUUACCUGGGUGACGGCCAAAUUAACAACCAGCCUUUCUUGAGGGCUCUGUUAGGCCCCUGCAGCAAUUCUGCAGGAAGCACCAACUCCUGGGAGUUUAAGAAUAAGCAGUUUGAAGCGGCGGUUAAACAGGGGGCGUACAGCAUGGAUAUGGCCCAGUUCGAUGAACUGAUAAGAAACAUGAGUCAGCUGGUGGAAACCGGGGAGGUGAGCGAUGACCUGGCAUCCCAGGUGAUCUAUCAGCUGGUGGCUGAGUCAGCGAGGGCGCAGCCCACACACAGGCAGUGGAGGGGCGUCCAGGAAGAGCCGCCUCCCGUGCAGCUCAGGGGGGAAGCGGGAAGUGUGCCCCAAAGCUCGGAUGUGAAAACCUCGGGCAAGCUGGCAUUCAAGCCAAAGGGACCCAUUCUCAUCAGGCAAAGCCAGCUUCCCUCAAUUUCGUUUAAUAAAACCAUAAAUUCAAGGAUUGGAAAUACAGUAUAUAUUACAAAAAGGACAGAGGUCAUCAACAUACUGUGUGAGCUCACGGCCCCCAGCGAGGCCACACACACAUGGACCAAGGACGGAGCGUUGCUGCAGCCCUCGGUAAAAAUAAUUUUGGAUGGAGCUGGGAAGAUGCAGAUACGGAAUCCUACAAGGAAAGAACAAGGAAUAUAUGAAUGUUCCGUAGCUAAUCAUCUCGGUUCGGAUAUGGAGAGUUCUUCUGUGCUGUAUGCAGAGGCACCUGUCAUCUUGUCUGUUGAAACAAAUAUCACCAAACCAGAGCACAAGCAUCUCUCUGUCGUGGUUGGAGGCGUCGUGGAGGCAGCCCUUCAAGCAGAUGUGACAAUCCAAUGUCCUGUAAAAGGUGUCCCUCAGCCUAAUGUAACUUGGUUGAAGAGAGGAGGAUCUCUGAGUGACAAUGUUUCCUUGCUUCUCAAUGGAACCCUGUUGUUACAGAACAUUUCCCUUGAAAAUGAAGGAACCUACAUCUGCACAGCCACCAAUGCUCUUGGACAGGCAAUGGCAUCAUCCGUACUCCACUUGCUGGAACGAAGGUGGCCAGAGAGUAAAAUUGUAUUUCCCAAGGGCCAUAAAAAGCGUGUUCUCAAGGCAUCCAACACUGGAACCAAUAGCAGCGACCCCACAGGAGAAGCCCUGCCUCGAGAGCCAUUUUGGCAGCCUGGUAACUGGUCACAUUGUUCUGUCACCUGUGGCCACUUGGGAGCCCGAGUUCGGAGACCCCAGUGUGUGAUGGCUAAUGGGCAGGAAGUGAGUGAGACCCUCUGCGAGCACCUCCAGAAGCCACUGGCUGGGUUUCGUCCCUGUAACAUCCGGGACUGCCCUGCAAGGUGGUUCACAGGUCUGUGGUCAGAGUGCUCUGUGUCUUGUGGUGAAGGAUUCCACAGUCGGCAGGUGACAUGCAAAAGGACAAAAGCCAAUGGGACUGUGCAGGUGGUGUCUCCAAGAGUAUGUGCCCCUAAAGACAGGCCUCUGGGAAGAAAACCAUGUUCUGUUCAUCCAUGUGUGCAAGGGGAACCAGGGAGCCAGUGUCCUGGACGUUGCAUGGGUCAUGCUGUGAGGAUGCAGCAGCGUCACACAGCUUGUCAGCACCACAACAGCUCUGACUCCAGUUGUGAUGACGGAAAGAGACCCACCUUAAGGUGGAACUGCACGUCAGGGGCCUGUGGCGUGUGUUGGCGUGCAGGCCCGUGGAGGCCCUGUGCAGCAGCCUGUGGCAGGGGCUUCCAGUCUCGGAAAGUGGACUGUGUGCACACAAGGAGCUGCAGACCUGUGGCCGAGAGACACUGUGUGCGGAAACAGAAACCAGCUUCCUGGCGGCACUGUCUCGGGCCUUCCUGUGAUAGAGAUUGCACAGAUACAGCUCACUACUGUAUGUUUGUGAAGCAUCUUAACUUGUGCUCCCUACGCCUCUACAAACAAAGGUGCUGCCGGUCAUGUCAAGAAGGAUAGACCUUUGGAGGGGUCGUGAUGCUGCUGUGAAGAUAAAAGGAAAACAAGCUUUUUUCCCAUGUUGUUGGUUCAAAAACAUGUAUUUCUUAAAAGACUCUAGAUUCUAUGGUCAAAGAGAGGUUGAUGCAAAAACACCACUGUUAAAAUUUUGUAAAGUGAAAUUUUCCCAAGGUCCGUUUUUAAUCCCAGUUUUUAAAAUUGAUGUAUUCCAGGGUUAAGCAUAGCACACAUGCCAUUGCGCUCGGGGCCUCAUCAAGUACAGAGCAGGAAAUCUCCAAGAUCAUGAGCGCAUCACCACGUGCUGCCUCUUGCCUGUGGUUUGUAGACUAGCACAGCGUGGUACAUCCUGAAGACUUGGGAAACACGGCACCUGAUGACUUCUUCUCUCAAGUUGUAGGGUUUCAACAGGUAUUUGCAUUUUAGAAGCUCUAGCCAGUUUAGAUGUCGGUACCAAUGGCAUUUUCGUAGAUCCUUAAGUUUAGUCUGUGAAAAAGAGACAAUCUCUCUGGACAGGGUUGUGAUACUGACUGACCCAAGGAUUCGCAGGGGGAUGGCAUCUUGUCCUUGCCCUCAGAGCGCCCAUGGAAGAAGACACACAGUAGAUUCUGCUGCCAUUUUCACAACUACAGAAAUCUGUGACCAAACGAGGCAUCUUGGAAGUCAAAGAAGAGGGAAAGUUAACCUUUUCUACUGAUUUUGAAGUGUAUUCAAAGCUUUCUUUUUAAGAGCUGUGAAUGAAACUUUUUUAAAGCACUAUUCUCUUGCACACAAACAGAAAAAUCAAAGCCUUAUUAGACCUAAUUUAUACAUAGAAUAGUAUUCCUGAGGAUUUUUAUUUUGGAAAAUUUAUAAGAAAGUAAUCUAAAUAAGAAACAUGAUAGUUGAAAAAAAUUGUUUAUAGUAAAUAAUUGUUUUAAUCUGAGCUAUUUUUUCAGUAAGUCCAAAGUGAAUUAGGUUAGGCUGGAAAUUACACUGUUAGGGUUAGAGUUAGGAUUUGGUUUAGGAUUUAGAGAAAAGGGCAAGGGUUAAUUUUAGUUUUAGGAUUAGAGCUAGGACUGGGUUAGGUGAGAAAGGAAGUUAAAUUAGGGUUAAGGUUAGAGUUGGCUUUAGGGGUUAGGGUUAGGUCAGAUUGGGUUGGCUUUAGAUUGGGGCUGAUCCUGGUGUUAGUGAUAGUGUCAGGGUGGAGGUUAAGUUUGCAGUAAAUGUUGCUGAAUUAGGUUCAGGCUGUGGGACUCUCUCUCAUAUCCUACUAGUUAUGGCUUUAGAUAACAUACAACCCCAGACAAGUGGUCACACUUCUGUAUUCAGUGUCCCAGCUGCCUGUACGCAUGCUGCCUGCUGCCUGUUGGCAGCAAAGUUACCUGCAGCAGGUUGUGCUGGACCCUGCUUGAUCAUCAGUGAACAGUGCAUUUUGGCUUUGGAUUUGUCUGUGGACAAGCUUGCUGCGUUUCUCUGCCAUAUUCUGAGCACCGGGUCCCUUUUGUCUAACUUGAGCCUCACUGACACUGGGAUGAGCACUACUGUGCAUGGAGGG